AUGAGGGAGUCAUGGGCUAAAAUAGGUGCUAUUCAGCACUUCAGCUUCAUCUCCAAGGAUGUCAUCUGCUACGCAACUGGAUGCUUUAUAAAAUUCCUCAAUAUUCACACCAACGACGAACUGAUGCUAGAUGUAAAUUUUCCUAGCGUCAAUGGUGAUGGAGUUGGUAUUCUCGAAGGGCACAGGAGUCUUUAUGUAUUCUGUUACGCAGAGAAUUGCAGAUAUCCUUCCCUGUACAUUAAAAACUAUCCUGCACUUAAAACAAUAGUUAAAAUUCCAGGCGGUCCUGCUGAAGGUUAUACCAACAUCGCAUUCACAGAAACUUCUCUUUUGGUAGCAGUCGGCAACCUUCCAAAUUUUGAACUAAUAAUAUAUAACUGGAGGAAAGGCGACAAGGUAGGGCAACUAAGCGGCAGUUUGCACGGUGAAAGACAGUUAAUCAGAUGCAACUGGAGUAAGCCAGUAUACGUAUCACAAAUAUGUCGAUCUCACAACAAUUUGAUAUUAUGGGAUGUAUUCACCUGUUGCAAAGCAGCAGUGCUAGCAGAACAUGAAAUUGAGCUUCCCAAGAAAGAGACGCACUUGAAAUUUCUAGACACACUGUGGACUACAGAAGGAGGAUUGUACGUAUUAGACGUCAAAGGAAGCAUUUAUAACAUGGUGAACGAGACGUAUUUGGAAAAGGUAAUAGAAGAAAAGCUGGAAGGAAACGCUCCUACUUCUUUCUGUUGGUAUAAAGGAGGCCUUGCUGUGUUCGGACCAAACAAUGAAAUUCGACACUACAAAAAAUCUGGCUUGUGGGAGCUUGACUGGAGGAUUCCAUUAGAGAAAAGUUUAAAAUUUAUGGCAUCUAACAAAUCUGAUUACAUAAUAGCUGUGACAGAAGAUGAAAAUAUUGUCAAGUUGAGCAAUACAGAAGAGAUGGUUUACUUGAAGAAUAAUGAAAAUCUGUUUAGUGAUAUUUGCAUGAUAUAUCCGGCAGGGAAGUAUUUUGUGGGACUGCGACAGAACGGAAUUUUGAGUCUCUACCAGACUAGCAAUGGAGACUUGAUUAACCAAAUGGAAUUGAAAUAUAAAGUAUGUGCCAUUGCGGAAAAUCCUGAUUUUCCGUAUGUUGCUGUGGGUUACGAUAAUGGACUUUUGGAGUUAAUUUCUGUAUUUAAUCCAGAAAAACUGACAAUAAUGACUUCAUUUAACUUGACAAAGAAUCCUAUAGGAACCAUAAAAUUUUUUGAAGUAGGGCGUGUUAUUAUUGCGGGUUUUCUAGAUAUUGGUGAAUUCUUUUUAAUUGAGGGAAUUCCGGGAACGCAAAUGAAGAUAGUAACUUGCAUCAACACUAACUGUCAGAUCGUGGACUACAUGUUAGUGGCCUCCAGAAAUUGCCACCGGCUGUUUGUUAUUCCUGUCACCGAAAAAUAUUUGGCAGGAGACAAAAUAAUCAGGUAUUGCAUCGUUACCGCAGACCACAUCACUGUAAAGGAGUACAAGCUUGAGGAUAAAGAAUUCCUCUAUCACAGACUAGUCCCUACGAACAAAUUUAACAGGGACAAGUUUAUUUACGCAUUACCUUUCAAUUCCAGGAAUAUACACGAAUUAGAACUGAAAAGAGGGGACGAUGUGGCUCAUCUGCAUUCCGAAAUAAAAACCGGCCACCUUCUACGAAAAUACGACUUACAUUUGACGAAAUUUCAUGCCGUAACGUGGGGCUAUGAUGGUUUCGUCAUUGUCAGAAACAGCACUUUUAAAGAAGAAGUUGGAAUGGCCUUGCCCAAUCACAGGUACCUAGGUGGCGUCAGGAAGGCGUGCGUACAUCCCCUUGGAAAAUACAUUCUAUCUUUAGGAAGAGACAAUGUUGUGGUUUGUACGAAACUGCAGAAAAACGUAAUCGACGUUGACCAGAAGUAUGCAAUUGAGGAGCAAAUGAACUCAACGAAAUUCGCGUUGAUGUUUAAGAGGCCUACGAUAGGAUUCAAACCAGAUCAACAAUUCAAAAACAUGACAUGGUUGGAAGUCGAGCAGAUAUUACACAACGAAAGGGAAAAAGAAAUAUGCGCGGCCGAAAAGGAAGACAUUCUGUUAGAAUUCGGAAUGAUUCAGUCGCAACUGCAGGAACUGGUAACCCAGAACAUAAACGGUCCCGACAAUGAAAAGCUAGAUAUGUCGGAAUUCUAUCUGGACACAGCGCUUUACAACUAUAAGAGAGACAUCAACAAAGGGGAAUGCAAGAGCACCGAAAUCUACCUGAAGGCCCUGAUAGAAGCCCAAGAUAAAGUUUCAAAGUAUCUGAUGGAAAACUGCUGGCAUCCCAUGGAAGUUAAAACACAAAUGGUAUAUGGUAUUUUCAGCAGAACGGAGGUCACCAAUUUUCCUCUACUUCCUCCAAGCCCGACUGAGGAUAGACAGUUGACCUGGGUUCAGGAGCAGAGAAAAGUAGAACAGUUCCUCAAGCUCCCGGAUAAUUUUUCGCCUUGGAUGAUUAUCAACAAAGAUGAGUUAGAGGAAUACUCCCAGCCGCUGUGUUUUAAACUAGACGACUACGAAAAUUCAACCAAGCUUAUGGGCACCAAUAUAGAAGAGACACCGUCGGCUCAAACUACAGAAACACAGGUUGCACUAUCGGGCACAGCUGUGCAAUUCUACAUAAAAGUAAAUCCUGCCCAUUACGAUCAGAGAGAAAUAAAUGCCUUCCACCAGUGCCAUCUCGAGCAGAUAAUUUCAGAGCGCGACAUGCUGCAAUUAAAACUGACAUACAACAAAGCCUUUGAAGACUUGGUUGCGGCGAAGCAAAGAGAAAUGGCAGUCAUAAAAGAGAGGAACGAUAGACUGCGCCAUAUAAUAUCAGAACACAACUACUUCUCCGAAAACAAGGUCAGUCUGAACGUAGUCGAUCCCCAGUGGUCGCAACUGGAAAUACCUGAAAUGAUCACAAAAGUAUUCGAUCACGAGCUGUCCAUAACUCCUUACAUUUCACCAAGCGAACAAGCUAUUUUGGAUGCAAAAGCGGCGGAGGAAGAACGGAUUCGCUUGGCCUUACUUGCUGAUGAUUUCAGGGAAAGAGCUCUGAUGGCCAUGAUGAAUGGGGUUUUAGAGGUGAAAUGGGAGGAUGAACUAAAGAAAGAUGUACCAAUACCGAAAUGCAUGACUGAUAAACAACCAGAGAUGUAUAACGAGGAAGACUUGCGUUCCAUAAAAGACUACGAAGAGAAAGUGGCAUUUCUUAAUAGCGAACGAGAGAGGUACAAAAAUUUACUUGACGGGGAAUUUACAAAAGUCACCACCUUCUUGAGGGACUCCGUCCGGAAAUUCAAUCAAAAGGUCAAAGACAUGGUAGACUACAAGAUGCAGAUAUUGUCAUCAAUCGCUCAGGAGCAUCUGAUAAUUAAUAGGAACAGAUGUAUAGAGGAUGAGAGAACUAACAUGUUUCUGAAGAAAGAAGAACUGAAAAAAAUAAUGGCAAAUACAGAACAAACCAUAGCCAACUUAAAGAAAACAAUUAAUUUUGUCCAAGAAAAUAUGUCGGAAUGUAGGACUAGUCUAGAGAACCUACUGUUAAAAGAAAAGAUAUUAGAGAAAUCUUUUAAAAAGGAUUUUCAGGAAGCAUCGCCAGUUUUGCAGGAGCUAGCCGUCAAAUAUUACAAGAAGAGGCCAAAGGUGAACUUCCGACAAAUAACUAGUUUUACUGUCUUGUACGAACUUGCCAAGUGCAUCGUAUCUCAGGAGAGAUUACCCAUACUCACCAGCGACUGUUUGGACUACAUGAGGGCACUGGAUCAGCUGGACCAGUUCGUGGGUUUACCGCCAACGGUUGAUGAAAGUACUUACAGUCACAUUUGCAAACAUCGGAGAUUGCGAAUAGACUAUGAAAUCAGGGUAAGAGCUUAUCAGGUUCAAAUAACAGACAGUGAAGCGACGAUAGCCACUUUCCAAAGGCGCCUCAACUUAAACAAAGAAAACUUAGUUAAAUUAACAGCAGAAUUGCAACAACUCAGGACAGAUUAUCUUCACUUGAUGCAUAAUAUUCAAAUGCAGAUUGUCUUAAGAAGGGGUCUAGUAGAGUUACCUCUCACAGGUGUCAUCAAUGACUUCCAGGAUGCUAUUUUAGUACCAAAGAAAGAAAUCGAGGAUAUAAAUAGACUGAUAUUGGAAGCAGGUAAUAAGAAAAUUCACACCAUCAUGCAAAAUAUGGCUUUCCGGAGAAGUAUAAUGGUUACUGAAUGGGAGCAUCGCAAACUGAGAUUAACGAUCAAUGAUCUCACUGAACAACUUCAGGACAUAAACAGUGUGAAGCUAGGUAAAGACAUGCAACAGUACUUGAAAGCAAAAGCUCUGGGACGUAAAACUGAACUAGAAUCAUUUGAAGUAGAACUGGAACGUAUCAUAGCGGCUUACGAAAACCGUAUUAUGAGCAAAACAGAAAAAUAUGAAAAGCUCGAAAAGAUGAUUAAAACAUACAAAAAGGACAAUGCCAAGUUAGAUAAAGAUAUUCACAGUCUUAACAUCGAUGUGUGCCAUUUGAAUAUGACUAUGAAUAAGGAACUUCAAGAUAAGGAACAGGAUGUGCUGAAAUCUAGGUAAACUUAAAUAAUUUUUCUAACAGAGUUUUAUCUUUCAGAAAAAAACUAUAUUUGUUGUAGGAUGGAGGGCUUACUUAAAAGAAGCAGCCUGAUACAGCAGAUUCAGGACAAUCACAGUGAAAUUUUAGUUUUACAGACAGAGCUGGAAUUACUCCGCUUGAAAACUUAUCCAACUUUUAAAUAUAAAUUAAUUAAUCUCAAUUAAUUACAUGUUUAUUAUAAAUAUAUGUUUGCUAUUCUUUAUGCACUGUUCAUUUUCUGAAAAUAUUACAUUUUACUAAUUUAAAAAAUAUAAGAGAAGGUUAGACAUAAAUGGAGGGAAAAAAUGCUUCUAUUACUUGAAAGAUACUUACCUGUUCUAGACUUGCACAUGCCGCAUAAAAGUAUGGUUCAAUCAAUUUCAUCUGAUCGGUGAGAUGUACAAAAUAAAAAAUUUGUGUAUCGAAAGAUGGAUACUAAAGUACAAUAGAUACAUUUCCUGCUACGCAUAUUUACUUGAAGAUAUAUUUAUUUAUUCAUUAAUUCAUUAUUUAUAACUUCUCUGCCUUCGCAGUCAAAACUAUGCAAGAACGUACUAUAUUUGCUCUAGUAGCACUGAACUGAAUGAGCUUCAUGGGCCCCUCCAAUUUGCCACUAGGCAUCGCCUACCUUCAUCGCUCAGAUGAAAUAAGUUGCACUGUACCAUCGAACUAGAAAAUGUUAACACAUGAAAUUUAAGGAAAUUAAACAGACAAUAAACAUUAUUUUAAAAACA